UCUACCAAAGGAACCCAAUUAGUUGUUAAAAACGCAGACUCACAGAAAGACAAAGAACAGAAAAGAAUGCAUCACACAACUAGCCAGUGGGCCACGAACCCGGCCAUAUAUGGACUACCAUCUACCACUCCCACUGCCAAUGGCCAUACUAUGGCCCAUGCUAUGACCACUGUUGAUAGUGGGUCAGCGGGAUUGGGGGUUCCUGGUACCGGUUUGGGAUUCUCGGGUGGGGGAAAUAAUCCCGGACAGGUAGCGGCCGCUUUGAACUGUCUGUCACAAAUCAACGCUGCUGCUAGUCUGUUAAACAGUGUCAAUGGUGCAACCGCGCAGACUAAUGUUCUAAAUGGCUCUUCAGCACAACCGGCAAAUACGCUUUCUGCCACAGAAAUAGCACAGGCACAAGCAGCAGCUCUUUUGAGUGGAGCCGGCGGUUUCUCUCCGGUGCUCGGGGGUGGGGACCCCACCUUAUCUGGUGCAUAUUUCCUACCCGCAGUUGUAGCGGGUGGGGGUCCCUCUCCCACCCCCACCUCACACCUCUACGCAACCCUUGCAGUCCACCCCCACAACUAUGCGAAUAAUUACGCAUCAGCCACGUCCCUGUUGCAAGCAGCCAACACUCUCUCCUCCAACCCGAUUGGUCAAUCCAUGUUGGCCAAUCAAAUCGCAGCUCUCCAGAGCCAACAUCAACAGCAGCAACAAAACAGCCAAUUACAUUCAAUCCUUGAAGCCACAGGCGCAUUUAACACAACAACAACUCAACGAAGCGUUGCUGAUUCGUCAUCUGUUUUAACCAAUCAGAAUGAAGUAGCCUCAACCCCCACCCCAACAAGUGCUGAUUCAUCCACAGGUGCGUCACUAAACGGGGGUUCUUCUUCUUCGUCGGCAAAUAUGAGUCACCAGGCAGCUGUAACUGCGGCUGCUUUGCAGCUGCUAGCUAAUCAACAACAACAACAACAACACCAGGCUAACGCACAGGCACAACUAACUGCAUCAUCAUUAGGUCUGCCAUUUCUGAGUGGAAACAUCUCUUCUUCAGUGUCUCCCUUUCUCUUAGCCUCCUCUCUUGCCAAACAACAACAACAACAACAACAACAACAACAACAAAAUUUCGCAACCUCCCCUCUCGGUUUGAAUCUAGGCACCAGCCCCCACCCCAACCCCCACGAACGCCAGAGGGAGGGGCCAGAGGGCUCUAAUUUGUUCAUAUACCACCUGCCGCCAGAUUUCUCAGACAAAGAUCUUCGAGAGACGUUCAUGCCGUUCGGAAAUGUGAUCAGCGCAAAAGUGUUUAUAGACAAAAACACCAAUCUCAGCAAGUGUUUCGGUUUCGUGAGUUACGACAAUCCAAAUGUGGCUCAAGUGGCCAUAAGAGCCAUGGAUGGCUGCCAAGUGGGCCAUAAGAAACUAAAAGUGGAACACAAAAAACACAGACCACCAACUCAGAACCAUACAAAGGGUUCCAUGAGUACCAUCUCGAGGCCAUACAAAACUCAGUCACCUGUUAUGCCUUCAAAUGAUAGCAUGAGUCAUCAUUACCAAGAAUACCAACUUCGACAACGCCACUCCUUGGGUAUGCAGUCUAAAGUCCUCGAAGAACCCGGGAACCUCCCCUCGGAUCCGACAUAUAGAGAUCUUGGGGUCUCCGAAUCAGACUCGGCAGGUUCGGUUGCCGACUCGUUUUACGCGCAGCACAAGCUAAUCACGAGUAGUGCCGAGUACUCGUUACUAUCAUCACCUCGGCCCUCGUCGGCAAUAAGCGAAAAGUGCUCGGAAAAUACUGCAUCAUGCGAGUCGUUCAUAUGGAAAUGAACGAUUUUGAAAAACAGAAGACAAUCCUGAUUUGUUUGAGCUUGAAAAACAA